AUGUCCCGCAAGAAGUCCCCGCGCGGCAAGGGCGCCUCCUCGCCCUCGUCCGCGCUGCCCGCCGCCCAGCAGCACCAGCAGCAGCAGCGCGACGCCAAGGCGAGGGGCGCGGCCGGCGGGCGCGGAGGGGCAGAAGCCGGGGCGGCCAACGGGGUGGUGGCGCCGCUGCCCGGCCGGCCCUCCCUGAGCAGCAGCGGCGAGUUCUACGACGUCGCCUUCAAGGUGAUGCUGGUUGGUGAUUCUGGCGUUGGCAAGACAUGCCUGCUGGUGCGGUUCAAGGAUGGGGCUUUCCUGGCCGGAAGCUUCAUCUCGACUGUCGGGAUCGACUUCAGGAAUAAAGUCUUGAAUGUGGAUGGCGUGAAGGUGAAACUACAGAUCUGGGACACAGCCGGCCAGGAGAGGUUCCGGAGCGUCACUCACGCAUACUAUCGCGAUGCCCACGCUUUACUGCUCCUUUACGAUGUCACAAACCGAGCAUCCUUCGACAACAUUCAGGCCUGGCUGACAGAAAUCCAGGAGUAUGCCAAGCAGGACGUGGUCCUAAUGCUGCUGGGAAACAAGGUGGACUCAACACAGGAACGGGUGGUGAAACGGGAAGACGGGGAGAAGUUAGCCAAGGAAUACGGCGUACCCUUCAUGGAGACCAGUGCCAAGAGCGGCUUGAAUGUGGAGUUGGCAUUCACAGCCAUUGCCAAGGAGCUGAAGCACAGGUCGAUGAAGCUUCCCAACGAGCCCAGGUUUAAAUUGCACGACUACGUCAAGAAGGAAGUGAAGGGCUCCGGGUGCUGCAGAUCCUAAGCGCCAGCGCUUUCCUGGGUGCGUCGCCAUCUGGGGUGGGGUGGGGGUGCGCCUCCCUUGUACAGAGACUCACAACAAGCAUCGUGUGUAUCGUUGCCGGAUCCAUCUGUGUGCCGCUCACCCCCUUCCCUGCCUCCCCGCUGCAGAACAUCCAACCGCCUCUUCUGUAUCUCUCUUCUGUACCUCAAGGACGCCUGAAGGAGCAGGUGGAAGUCGAUGUGUUUUUUACCCACCUGGGGUCCAACUCUGGAGAAAUGGCUCCGACGUUCGGUCGGUUGGGACCGGAGGGUCGUUAUGCGGGACCUCAAACUGAGCCACCGGUUGGUCCCAGCAAAAGGUGGGUAACGAAGAAUCAGGGCCAGAACUCGGAAGGAAUGAGAACGGCAAGAACGGGAGCCGUGACAGCACACAAAGGCUUACGCAAACCCCAUUAGCGUCUGCAGCAGUGCUUUUGCAGGGUAUGUGGGGAGCUGGAUUGCACCUCCUUGUUCCGUCCCCGUUGUUGUGGGUGUGAGGUGUGCAGGUUCCUUGUCCCUUCAGGCCUUAGCUUUCUGGAGGUUCAGGGUUUGUGCCUCGGUUGCUCCCUGCUGGUUCUACCCUUCUCGGGCUUUUUGUUUUUCUCAAAGACCAGCGUGGGCCAGCGGGCUUAGUGAAGUGUCGUGUGCUGUCCUGACACAUUUCCGAGGUGGGGAGGCUGUUGUUCUUUUCCGCGACUUCCAUUUCGCUAGCCCUUGCCUCUCUGGAGGAGACAAACAUUCCAUCUCCUUUUCUUCAUGGCUCUUUUUUUGCCACCGGGAUUUCUAUGGCUUCCCCCCAGAGUGCAACCGCUUUGGGUGUUUUCUGUGGUGUGCGCGUGUGGCUUCUUUGUAGAAAGACGUGCAAUCCAAAGAGAGCUUUUUUUAUACACUGGGCAUCACUGUUCUCAUUUCAAGCAGGGGAGGGGUUUUGCCCCCCCACCACCUUUGAUUUUUGCUGCGAUUCCCGCAGCUGCUUUGGAAGGCCGUGCAGCAGGGUGAGAGGGGUUUCCUCGAGCGGCAAACUAGCCAUUGUGGUGUUUGUUUGAGGCGCGAUCUUGAUCCUUGCAUUCAGUAGGAUGCAAAAGAGAGAGGUCCCCCUCCAGACUACGGGGACGGCAGCUCUCUGCAAGCAGAAAAGUAGCACCACGGGGGGAGGGGGGGCUAGGCCCUCCCUUCUUCAUGCGCUGGCUUGCUUUCAGGAGAAAAGGGGGGAAGACAGAAACUGGCACUUUUGGCCAGAGAAUUAAAGUAUGACCUUGGGGCUAGCUUUGGGGCUCCCUUGAUGGGAGUUUUCUCCUUUGAGCAGCAAUUGCAAUUCCGUUUCCAUUCCCUGCUGGGAUCUGCGCAAAAAAGGGGUCAACCGUCCCUGGCUCAUUAGCCAGAAGCCCCCUCCCAUGGCCUCCCAGCCUUAGCCCCUUGCCGCACGGGAGGGGACCUUCGGAGAGAAUGCUUGCCGAGUUCUUUUGCAACCUCUGCCUUCAUUCUCCAUGCUGGCCUUUUAUUGCUCAGUGUAGAUUCCGCCCCCCCCCCCCUUUCUUUAAAAAGCUGCUGCCUUUGCUGCUUCUUUUCUCAGUGUGCCCCCAAUGUGCCAGCUUUGAAUCCGAAUCUGCUGCCAGAGGGGCCAGUGUGCAUGUUGUGUGUGUGUGUGUGUGUGCGCCCAGUUUGAAGCUUCCACGGUCCUUCGCAUCUCUGCCAACCAGGGUAAAAGCAGACCCCGGGCAGUUUGGGCCCAGCGACGGGGUUUUAGGUUUCGUACCGUGCCUCGGAAAGGCAGCAGUAGCAGCUGCUCCCAGCCCUGGCUGUGUCCCGCUUGGCUUCUGCAACAUCCCUUCCGCGAGACGCAUGGGCUCUCCAGGACGCAGCUGCUGUUUCCGACACGGGUCGUUCCCGCCCCCUAGCGACGGAAGCCCGUCUGAGCACACAGCCCCUUCCGACAGUGUUACGUGUACCAACCACUCACUGGCUCUCUUUAUAGAUUUUUUUCCCCCCUCUGUUCCUCUUAAUAAAAGAUUUUUU